AAAAGUUCUGGAAUUUAAUUUGAACGGUUGCUCUAUCACUGUCACUGAGUCCUUCAAAUGAAGCCUUCAAUGGUGAACUCAAAACUCUUCUUCUUCUUCACUCUACUCAUCUUCUUGUUCAUCAUGUUUGCACUACACAAACAACGUCAGCUAGAUCAACUCAAGUCAAGGGUUUCACUAUUAGAAUCCAGCAUUGAGAACAGGGAGCAUGAAUUGCGAAAUAAGGAGACUUUUGAAAAAGAAAUUGCAUCUUUGAAGGAUAGGGUUGACUCUAUUCAGUUGCAGGACAAGUCUGAUAUAGGCCAGUGUGGCACCAAUGAUCAGCUGAAGGAGGAAAGCAUACCAAAUAAAAUGUACCUUUCUGCCAUGCCAUCUUUUGAUCAAACUGUAUCAGUGAUAAAGAUUUUCCUUGCUUACUUAAGAAAAAUAACUACCUUCUCACUCAACAUACUCAAGGAGCGACUGAAUGAUUUACUUCAAGAAAACCUGGAUGGAGCAGCUUAGCAAGGAUUGUAAAGGACUCGGAUGCAACAUCAUUAGUGUGUAAUUUAUGAUAGUGUAGGAUCUUGGUUGAACUGUUUGAACCAUUAAGUUUUGAUAUAUGUUGAAAGGUGCUUUAUUAUUCUCUUUCUUAGUGUCAUAAACUCUGCUUAAAGUUAA